AGAACGCCGGACACUGAACAAUGCCGGACGGAUUCUCUAGCAGAAAUUCCACGCAAUCAGUUCGAUAAGCCAGGGUCUCUCUCUAUCACUGAGCUCACAUCCCGCCUCUGCCCUCAACAGCUUCAUCGUCAGCACUGAAGUCUCGGGCCCACUCUCAGCGUCGUCCCCUGAUCCACUCCUCAAUCCUGGGAUUCGCAUUGAGUACAUCACUUCAUUUCUAGGGUCCCUUCUGAGAAAUCGCUUCCACGAGCGCAAUUUGCAAACAGCCACGGGCAGGGCGGGAGGAAAAAAAAUGGGCUGAAUGCCUGGCUUACCUGGGGUUGCACCGUGCUCGACAAGGAAAACAUCUCCGGCGGGCCCUCAGCGACCUCACCCGCCUGCCGAAACUGUGCCCCUCUGUCCACGGCCCGGCGGGGAGGCGCUGAGCCCUUCUUUUUUCCUUUUUCUCCGACCCGUUGCCCCUCACUCCUCCCAGAAACGGAAAAUGGCCUCCCCUUCCUACAGCUACUGCAACGACAGACAAUCCGCCCCGGAAGGCGAGGCGCUAACUCAACAGUACUUCCGGGGCAAGUGAGCGCCCACAAGGCCAAGUGCCUGCGCGUUCUUUCCCGCGGAAGUAGUUGACAUUUACAAGGAGCAGCGCCCCCAAACGUCUUUAGCUGUUUUUUUAAGGGGAGAACAGCCUUUACCCUCUUUGGACUUUUUCUUCGUUUUUUUUUUUUUUGGAGACGGAGUUUCGUUCUUUCGCCCAGGCUGGCGUACAGUGGCGCGAUCUCGGCUCACUGCAACCUCUGCUCCCCGGGUUCAAGCGAUUCUCCUGCCUCAGCCUCCCGAGUAGCUGGGAUUACAGGUGCCCGCCACCACGCCCGGCUGAUUUCCUCUUAAGACUUUCUACAGCUUCCUUAUGAAAUCUUCUGACUGGACCUUGAGCAAUAAGGUCUUUUGCUACAAUUUAGUGCUCUUUUCCUCACACUAAAUCGAAAACUCUCCCUGUUGGUCCUGAUCUGUUUCAGUCAGGCAAAUUACAUCCUGGGAAAACGUCAGAUGACAGGGGAGGCCACUCGCUUCCUGCUCAUCCAGUUUCGACACUUUCUGUGCUUUCAUUAGCUUCCAGACCUCAGCCCUGGCCCUCGCUUUACUGUACAGUCAGAACUGGUUUCUACGCCUCGCGAGGGUGGGAGGUCGUGUAUGGGAGGAGGACCGCUUCCCACCAGCCUCGUUGGGAAGCCAGGAGAAAUCUCUUCAAAUCCUGCGAUUCAGAGUCAAGUCCCAGUCGUCCUUUUUCUGGUCGGCCCAGAACUGUUUGUGCCUCCUCCCUCAUGAGGAAUGAUGUCAGUGGGGCCGCGGUCGCCGCCCACGAAGAGUGUUGUUAAAAAAGCAGACAUGAUCAACAAAAAUAUGACUCAUCAGGUCCAAGCUGAGAGAGAUGCACUGGCACUAAGCAAAAGCCCAUUCAUUGUCCAUUUGUAUUAUUCACUGCAGUCUGCAAACAAUGUCUACUUGGUAAUGGAAUAUCUUAUUGGGGGAGAUGUCAAGUCUCUCCUACAUAUAUAUGGUUAUUUUGAUGAAGAGAUGGCUGUGAAAUAUAUUUCUGAAGUAGCACUGGCUCUAGACUACCUUCACAGACAUGGAAUCAUCCACAGGGACUUGAAACCGGACAAUAUGCUUAUUUCUAAUGAGGGUCAUAUUAAACUGACGGAUUUUGGCCUUUCAAAAGUUACUUUGAAUAGAGAUAUUAAUAUGAUGGAUAUCCUUACAACACCAUCAAUGGCAAAACCUAGACAAGAUUAUUCAAGAACCCCAGGACAAGUGUUAUCGCUCAUCAGCUCGUUGGGAUUUAACACACCAAUUGCAGAAAAAAAUCAAGACCCUGCAAACAUCCUUUCAGCCUGUCUGUCUGAAACAUCACAGCUUUCUCAAGGACUCGUAUGCCCUAUGUCUGUAGAUCAAAAGGACACUACGCCUUAUUCUAGCAAAUUACUAAAAUCAUGUCUUGAAACAGUUGCCUCCAACCCAGGAAUGCCUGUGAAGUGUCUAACUUCUAAUUUACUCCAGUCUAGGAAAAGGCUGGCCACAUCCAGUGCCAGUAGUCAAUCCCACACCUUCAUAUCCAGUGUGGAAUCAGAAUGCCACAGCAGUCCCAAAUGGGAAAAAGAUUGCCAGGAAAGUGAUGAAGCAUUGGGCCCAACAAUGAUGAGUUGGAAUGCAGUUGAAAAGUUAUGCGCAAAAUCUGCAAAUGCCAUUGAGACGAAAGGUUUCAAUAAAAAGGAUCUGGAGUUAGCUCUUUCUCCCAUUCAUAACAGCAGUGCCCUUCCCACCACUGGACGCUCUUGUGUAAACCUUGCUAAAAAAUGCUUCUCUGGGGAAGUUUCUUGGGAAGCAGUAGAACUGGAUGUAAAUAAUGUAAAUAUGGACACUGAGACAAGUCAGUUAGGUUUCCAUCAGUCAAAUCAGUGGGCUGUGGAUUCUGGUGGGAUAUCUGAAGAGCACCUUGGGAAAAGAAGUUUAAAAAGAAAUUUUGAGUUGGUUGACUCCAGUCCUUGUAAAAAAAUUAUACAGAAUAAAAAAACUUGUGUAGAGUAUAAGCAUAACGAAAUGACAAAUUGUUAUACAAAUCAAAAUACAGGCUUAACAGUUGAAGUGCAGGACCUUAAGCUAUCAGUGCACAAAAGUCAACAAAAUGACUGUGCUAAUAAGGAGAACAUUGUCAAUUCUUUUACUGAUAAACAACAAACACCAGAAAAAUUACCUAUACCAAUGAUAGCAAAAAACCUUAUGUGUGAACUCGAUGAAGACUGUGAAAAGAAUAGUAAGAGGGACGACUUAAGUUCUAGUUUUCUAUGUUCUGAUGAUGAUAGAGCUUCUAAAAAUAUUUCUAUGAACUCUGAUUCAUCUUUUCCUGGAAUUUCUAUAAUGGAAAGUCCAUUAGAAAGUCAGCCCUUAAAUUCAGAUAGAAGCAUCAAAGAAUCCUCUUUUGAAGAAUCAAAUAUUGAAGAUCCACUUAUUGUAACACCAGAUUGCCAAGAAAAGACCUCACCAAAAGGUGUCGAGAACCCUGCUGUACAAGAGAGUAACCAAAAAAUGUUAGGUCCUCCUUUGGAGGUGCUGAAAACGUUAGCCUCUAAAAGAAAUGCUGUUGCUUUUCGAAGUUUUAACAGUCAUAUUAAUGCAUCCAAUAACUCAGAACCAUCCAGAAUGAACAUGACUUCUUUAGAUGCAAUGGAUAUUUCGUGUGCCUACAGUGGUUCAUAUCCCAUGGCUAUAACCCCUACUCAAAAAAGAAGAUCCUGUAUGCCACAUCAGACCCCAAAUCAGAUCAAGUCGGGAACUCCAUACCGAACUCCGAAGAGUGUGAGAAGAGGGGCGGCCCCCGUUGAUGAUGGGCGAAUUCUAGGAACCCCAGACUACCUUGCACCUGAGCUGUUACUAGGCAGGGCCCAUGGUCCUGCGGUAGACUGGUGGGCACUUGGAGUUUGCUUGUUUGAAUUUCUAACAGGAAUUCCCCCUUUCAAUGAUGAAACACCACAACAAGUAUUCCAGAAUAUUCUGAAAAGAGAUGGUGAAUAUUUAUAAAAAUAGCAAGUUCUGGCUGGGCGUGGUGGCUCACGCCUGUAAUCCCAGCACUUUGGGAGGCUGAGGUGGGCUGAUCACAAGGUCAGGAGUUCAAGACCAGCCUGUCCGAUAUGGCGAAAGCCCAUCUCUACUAAAAAAUACAAAAAUUGGCCGGGUGUGGUGGCUCAGGCCUGUAAUCCAAGCACUCUGGUAGGCCGAGGCAGGCGGAUCACGAGAUCAGGAGAUCGAGACCAUCCUGGCUUAACAUGGUGAAACUCUGUCCCUACUAAAAAUACAAAAAAGUAGCCAGGCAUAGUGGCGGGCGCCUGUAGUCCCAGCUACUUGGGAGGCUGAGGCAGGAGAAUGGCAUGAACCUGGGAGGCAGAGCUUGCAAUUAGCCAAGAUUGUGCCACUGCAAUCUAGCCUGGGCAACAGAGCGAGACUCCCUCUC